AAAAAAAAAAAAAUGAUGUUUUACACAGACUAAACUAAUCGUGGUUCAAAUGAUACACAGAAACCUCUUAUCAUGGCUCUUUCAAAUCCAACUUCUCAAUCUGAGUGCACUGCUGAAGAAGCGUAUGCAUGGUCUGAGGGUCGUGCAAUUUUCGCUAGUGGAAGUCCAUUUGACCCGGUACAGUACAAUGGCAAAACUUAUGUUCCUGGCCAGGCAAACAAUGCUUACAUCUUUCCCGGGCUUGGUUUUGGUUUGGUCAUCUCUGGUGCUAUCCGUGUGCACGAUGAUAUGCUAUUGGCAGCAUCUGAAGCUUUGGCCGGUCAAGUAACACAAGAACAUUAUUAUAAGGGAAUGAUUUACCCACCACUUUCUAACAUAAGAAAGAUCUCAGCUAAUAUUGCUGCAAAUGUAGCUGCUAAAGCAUAUGAACUCGGUUUGGCAACGAGACUUCCUCGGCCUUCAGAUCUGGUCAAGCAUGCUGAAAGCUGCAUGUACACUCCAUAUUACAGAACCUACCGGUGAAACCUGAUCAAUUCCGGCCGAUCAUUCCGUACCCCGUUUGGCUGGUUUCUUAAUAAGUGUUUCUUUUGUAUUUAUUGUGAGCUUUUGCUGUCUGUGGAGUUCAAGUCUUGCCAAGUACUAACGUUACGAGAGUCCAAUAACGUGUGCUGCUUUUAAAAAUUUCAGUAUUCGUAGAUGGAAAUAAAAUGAAGUGUUGUAAUAUCUCAUCUCCCUGCGGAUUCUUCUUCUUUGUUAGGCCUCUUUGAUGAAGAAUGCAGUUUCUAAUGAUCA